AUGGCGGCGCUGGGAGCGCUGGUGAAGAAGGUGUGGAGCGUCCGGCGGUUCCUGGUGCUGCUGUGCGCGCCGCUGGCGCUGCUGCCCGUGCCGCUCAGCCUGCCCGCCAAGGAAGGAAGAUGUCUCUAUGUGAUCCUAUUGAUGGCCCUGUACUGGUGCACGGAGGCGCUGCCGCUGGCUGUGACAGCCCUGCUGCCCAUCGUCCUCUUUCCCUUCCUGGGGAUCCUUCCAUCUAACAAAGUUUGCCCACAGUAUUUCUUAGACACCAACUUCCUCUUCCUCAGUGGCCUCAUCAUGGCAUCUGCCAUCGAGGAGUGGAAUUUGCACCGCAGGAUUGCUCUCCGCGUCCUCAUGUUAGUGGGAGUCCAGCCUGCCAGACUAAUUUUAGGAAUGAUGUUGACAACGUCUUUCCUGUCCAUGUGGUUAAGUAAUACUGCCUCCACGGCUAUGAUGCUUCCAAUUGCAAAUGCAAUUUUGAAAAGCCUCUUUGGGGACAAAGACACAUCUAAAGAUCUGAACAGGGAAAAUGAAGAAAACCAAGCAUCUUUACAGCAGAAUAAACUUUACACUGUACCAACUGAGAUGCAGUUUCUGGCAAGUACUGAGGACAAAGAUCUGACGGAGGAGAAGGAGGUUGCCAGCGAUGUGCUCACAGACUUAAAGAAGGAGGAAGAAUACAAAACAAAUAUCUGGAAAGGUUUCCUCAUCUCAAUCCCAUACGCAGCCAGCAUCGGUGGUACAGCGACGCUGACGGGAACAGCACCAAAUCUCAUCCUCCUAGGACAGCUGAAGAGUUAUUUUCCAGAAUGUGAUGUGGUGAACUUUGGUUCUUGGUUUAUGUUUGCAUUUCCUCUAAUGCUGAUUUUUCUUCUCAUGGGAUGGCUAUGGAUCUCCAUCUUGUAUGGAGGAAUUAACCUCAGGGCCUGGAGAACAAAAAAGUCAAAUAUAAGAGUGGAUGCAGAAGCCCGAGCCAGAGAAGUGAUAAAGGAGGACUAUCAGAAACUGGGUCCAACCAAGUUUGCAGAACAGGCAAUUUUCUUCUUCUUUUGUGUGUUUGCCAUCAUGCUUUUCUCCAGGGACCCCAAAUUCAUUCCAGGUUGGGCAAGUUUGUUUGCACCAGGGUUCAUCACAGAUGCUGUUACUGGAAUCACCAUAGUGAUUAUAUUGUUCUUCUUCCCUUCACAAAAGCCUUCCUUCAGGUGGUGGUUUGACUUAAAAGCCCCGAACGCUGAGACGCAGCCCUUGCUGACUUGGAGGAAAGCCCAAGAGACUGUUCCUUGGAACAUCAUCUUGCUGCUCGGAGGAGGAUUUGCCAUGGCGAAAGGCUGCGAGGAGUCGGGUUUGUCUGUGUGGAUAGGAGGCCGCCUGCAUCCCUUGGAGGGCGUACCCCCGCCGGUGGCUGUCAUCCUCAUCACUAUUGUCAUCGCCUUAUUCACAGAGUUUGCCAGCAACACGGCCACUAUUAUAAUCUUUCUGCCCGUCUUAGCGGAACUGGCCAUUCGUCUGAAAGUAAAUCCCCUCUAUUUAAUGAUACCAGGAACUGUAGGAUGCUCCUAUGCAUUCAUGCUGCCAGUCUCAACUCCUCCUAACUCAAUUGCAUUUUCUUCUGGACACUUGAUGGUCAAGGAUAUGGCAAGAACUGGGUUGCUCAUGAAUCUUAUGGGAGUUCUGCUUCUUAGCUUGGCUAUGAACACAUGGGCCAAAAGCAUCUUCCAGUUGGGGACCUUCCCUGCAUGGGCCAACAUCCAUGCAGAAAAUGUCACAUCACUUACAACAACUGUAGAAAAUGUCACUUUAAGUGCACUAAAUAAAAUAUGA